AUGGCGCAAUCGGCCCUCUCGCCCAUGCGGUGGCUCUGCGGCCUGCUGCUGCUCGUCAGCGCCGCCAACGCCCUCAAGUUCGACCUCGCGGCUCACACCGGCGGCGAGUCCCUCAAGAAGGAGCGCUGCAUCCGCAACUUUGUCAGCAGCGACACGCUGGUGGUUGUGACGUCGACCGUCGACGGCUACAAGGGAGACGGCAUGCUGGUCAACAUUCACGUCCGUGAUGCCAUUGGCAACGAGUAUGGCCGGGCCAAGGACGUUGCCGGCGAGUCGAGAAUCGUCUUUACUUCGCACGCUGAUGCCGCUUUUGACGUGUGCUUUGAGAACCUCAUGGUUGGACCCAACAAGCCCGUCAUGAACCUCCGCACCGUCGAGCUCGACAUCGACAUUGGCGCCGACGCAAAGGACUGGUCCGCCAUCCAGGCCACCGAGAAGCUCAAGCCUGUCGAGGCCGAGCUGCGCCGCAUCGAGGAGCUCACCGCCGAGGUCGUCCACGAGAUGGACUACCUGCGCUCGCGCGAGCAGAAGCUCCGCGACACCAACGAGAGCACAAACAACCGUGUCAAGUGGUUCGGCGUCGGAACGACCUGGCUGCUCGUUAUUCUGUGGGCGUGGCAGAUUAUGUACCUGAGGGCGUACUUCCGAUCCAAGCACUUGAUCUAG